AUGGCGGAGGACGAGGUCAGGCGAAUGGCCGUCACGGGUAACAACAAGAGUAAACGGGACAGCUGUGGAGGGAAUAAAGCAGCUAGCCUGUCGAUCAUCGUCGACGGCAAAGACCUUUUAUACACUACAUACAUACCCUACACUGAACCCCCAAUGAUCAUCAGCAGCAGCAGCAGCAGCAUGAAACCCCCGCGAUUGGCGGGCUUGACUCGUCAGACAGUCGGAAGCCAAAAGGCUUGUAAGCGGAAAUUUCGUUUCCGUCGCGGCACGGGUUCGCGCUAG